GUGCAAAUAAUAUUCAAAAUGUUUGGAAAAUUUAUGAACAAGAAGUUUUUUCAUCCUGGAUCAUACCCUAACCAAAAACAAAGAUGGGUCCAUGAGCAGAGAGCAGCUGCUAAAGACAAAAAUGAGCAAGAAAAGCAAGCAACAUACCAAAAAGAACAAGAAAAUUAUCAAAGUCGACUUCUGUCAGCCAAAUCAUCUGGUGACAAAUUGAAGCUUGAUCUGAAUUUCAUGUAUGAUUUGCCACCUGGGAUGAGAAAAGAUAACAUUGAAGAGGAAAAUGAAAAGGAAGAGGUCAAAUUUGAAUGGCAAAAACAUGCACCCCGAUCCAAAUAUGUAAAAGAUCUUGGGCUGGAAUGUCAAGAUCAGCCGUUCGGUGUUUGUGUUAGGAAUAUUCGAUGUUUCAAAUGUCGUGAGUGGGGGCAUCAAAACACAGACAGAGAAUGUCCGCUCUUUUUCUCAAACAGUCAAUCUGAAGCUAAUACAAGUUCAAGUCAAGCAGAAAAUCUUCGGCUGAGCGAUCCGCUGAGAUUAGUUGCUGAUAUGAAAAAACAACAUCGCAUUACUUUGAAGAGAUCGGUUAUUGGACAAGAAAUCGACCCUAUGGCGGAAAGCCAUCAGUUAGUGGAUUCUGAAGAUGAACUCACAGAGUUAGGUGAUAACGAUCUUGCUUACAUUGAAUCUCUAACAGACAAACAGAAGCGAAAACUUUUAAAAUCUUUAAAAAAAUUAGAAAAAAGUAAAAAGAAACGAAAAGAACGAAAGAAGAAAAAGAGAAGAAAAAAGAGUGAAAGUGAUGAAUAUGAAGAAAUGUGCAAGAGUUCUUCAGAUGAAAGUCAUAGGAGAAAAAGUCGUUCAAACACACGAAAAAGACAGAAAUAUAAUAAUGAUAGUAGACAAAACGAUUCUUCGGAUAAUGAUCAUGCAACAGAUACUUUUAAAGAAAUUCGCAAAUGUAGGGAACAAGCGAAACAUAAACACUCAGAGCAGCUCGCUUCAAAAAGAUCGAGAACAUAUGACAGGAGGGGUGAUAGGGAGAAAAAGCGUAGUAAAAAGUUGUGAAGCAAAAAUGUUUAUUGUGUAAAUAAAUAAUAGUUAUUAUUAUGUUUUUAUUUAUUUGUUUGUUUCCAGGGCUUUUGGAACACUAUAUUUUUAGUGCCUGAGAUAUUUUGUAGAUUUGAUUUUUUUGACGCUGUUAUGUCGGGCGAAUUAUCAAAAGCGUUUGAAUAGAGCUUGAUUUUUUAUGGAUUUUUCAAAAGUUUUUAUGUUUUGCAAUUUCUUGUUGUGUGUAUGUUUCCCCUCCCUUAUUUGUACAAAAUUUUUGCAGUUGCGAAUAUUUGAUGGGAUCACAGAUUGUAAAAAAAUUCAAAAAAUUGAUUAAAAUUGAUAUCAUUUU